AAAAAAUUAAAAAUAAUAUUUAAUGAAGAAUGAAGAAAAUCGAUCUUUCGACCCAGAACAAUUCAACUCAUAAUGCAAAGCAAUCUCAACGGAAAAUAUCAAUGUAUUUUAUGAAGACUUGCAAAAAUGAAAAAUUUAAAAGUAAUAAUUCGAUAAAUAAUAUAGUUGAAACGGCUAUUACGAAUGAUGAAAUACAAAAAAAAAGAAAAAUAUCAGAAGUUUUAGAUUCAUCAGAAACAAAAAUUGCAAAAUAUUAUGAUGAUGCUUCUGAUGUAUAUAAUGUGCGAAAUAUACAAAGGCAAAAUCGUUUACUUACAAAGUCAAAUGUCAUUCAUAAUGUAUUUAAUACAGAUAAUAUUAACACAAAUAUAAUUAAAACUAAAUAUAAAGAUGCAUCUAUAAUUGAAUUUAAAGAAAAUAUAGAAAUUAAUAAACACACAAAUGCAAUAUGUAAUUUAAAUGAAGAAAAGAUAAUAAUAAACAAUGAUAUAUUAUGUAAUACCACUUCUGAUGUAAGCUUUUCUUCAAAAGAAUUUUAUGGAAAAAAUACUACUGCUAUAAAAGAACAUAAAGAAAUUCAGUCAGAAAUAGAAUCAUUUUUUAUAGAAGAUUUUAAUGAUUGUUUUGAAGAAGAAUGGCCCAUAGAUAGUCAAAUAAAUUUUAAUUCUUUACAGAGAUGUAAAAUUGUUGAUGUAAAAAGAGAGUAUAACAACACAUUAUUAAUUGUAAAACAAGAUAAUGAUUAUACAACAUGUAAUACAACUAUUAUAUGUUUAGGAUUUUGGAAAGAUGUUAAGAUACAAAAAGAUGAUAUUGUUAUCAUUCAAGCAAGAAAAGAAAAUAAACAGUGGAUUAUUGAUAACAAUAAUGGUUUUCUUAUUAUUCAUCCAGAUAUAUUAAUAUCUGGAACAACAGUAGUUGGUGCUUUAUUUUGUAAAAGAAAAGCAAUUUUAGCUGAAAAAUUUAAAAAAAUAGAAAAUUUACCUUACUUUAAAGCAGAUCAAUCAUCAAUUAUUAUUGGGAGCUUAGUUCAUCAAUUAUUACAAAAAGCAAUACAAAAAAAUAUUUAUGAAUUAUCAGAUAUCACAAAAUUAAUGGACAGUUUAUUGCAGUCAAAGGAUACAAGUAAUUUACUUUAUGCAUCACAAAUCUCGUUUAAUGCAUGUCGAGAACAGAUACUCACAUUUGUAUCAAAAAUAUAUGAAUUUUUACAACAUUAUGUUAAAGAUAAAAAGCAACAAAAAAUAAAUAAUAUACAAGAUAAUUUCAAAGGAAAAAUUACUAACGUUUGUGAUAUAGAAGAAAAUAUCUGGCUUCCUAUGUUAGGUUUAAAAGGCAAGAUAGAUGUUACUGUAGAAGUAAAAAUAAAUUCAAAAAGGAAAAUUAUGCCUCUUGAAAUUAAGACAGGAAAACCUUCAUUUUCUUUAGAACAUAAAGGUCAGAUUAUUUUAUAUAUUAUAAUGAUGACUCUUACUCGUCAAGAUACUGAUACUGGUCUUUUACUAUAUCUCAGAGAAAAUGUUAUGCAAGAGAUUAAUAGUAAACAUCCUGAAAAAAGAGAUUUGAUAUUAUUACGAAACAGUUUGGCUAAUUAUUUCAUACCAAAACUAGUAGAAAAAUCAAAUUUAACUCUUGAAUCAGAUUGGCAAACAUUGGAUUUACCAGAACCAAUUAAUCAUCAUAGUGCUUGUUCAAAAUGCACAUAUAAUGUAUUGUGUUGUAUGUAUUUGAACAAAGAUACUAAUAUACAGUUAUCAGACUCACAUCCAUUGAUUAGGCUUGGAAAACAAAUUUUAAGUAAAUUUAAGCCUAGCCAUAUUGAUUAUAUUUCACAGUGGGUUUCAUUAUUGCAAAUAGAAGAAAAUGCACAAUCUAGUGAAAAUAUAAUAAGAUAUAUGUGGACACUAAGUCCAGAAAAGAGAGAAGCAAAGAAAAUCUGCAUCUGUAAUUUAAAAAUAAUUGGAAAAGUUAUUGAAUACAACUCAAAGUACAAGCAUACUUUCAUUCGUGCAAAUGUAAAAGAACAAUUUUCAAAUACUAAUAUUCCUUAUAUGAUAUUUUCAGAAAAUGAAUAUGUUUUAAUCAGUACAAAUACAAGGAUAAAUAUAUCCACUGGAUUUAUAGCACAAAGAAAAGAAGAUUCUAUCACAAUAUUAUUAGAUAGAGAUAUUACCAAAUAUAAUAUAAAUGAAUUUUUCCACAUAGAUAAAUACUCGUCUUCUAGUUUAUUUUCUUUUAAUUUUGCGAAUGUAGGAGGUUUAAUGGGUGAUAAUGAAAUUUGCGAAAAAUUACGUAAUAUUGUGAUAGAUAGAAAACCAGCUACAUUUGAAAAAGAAUUAUCACAUUUUGUUAUACAUAAAAGUGCCAAAGAAUUACAAGAUUUAAAUAAAAAUCAGCAAAGAGCUGUUUUAAAAGCGAUAUCUGCAAAUGAUUAUUUUUUAAUCAAAGGAAUGCCUGGCACAGGAAAAACUCAGACACUAGUAGCAUUGAUAGAAAUAUUGCACAAAAUAGGAUAUUCUAUUUUAAUUACUGCACAUACAAAUAGUGCUGUUGACAAUAUUUUAUUAAAAUUAUUAAAUAAGGAUAUUGAUUUUUUGCGAUUGGGUUCAUCUGUUCAUCCAUCCUUAAAAUAUAAAAGUGAAGAAUAUGUUACAUCAAAUUGCCAUUCGCCAGAAAGCUUGGAAGCGAUAUAUACAAGCAAAAAUAUCAUUGGAGUAACAUGUUAUGGUGCUCAUCAUGUACUUCUUGGAAGACGUAUAUUUGAUAUAUGCCUUGUGGAUGAAAGUGCUCAAGCAUUGCAGCCAUCUAUAUUACGACCAUUAUAUAGUGCAAAAAAAUUUGUUCUCGUAGGAGAUCCUGAUCAAUUACCACCUAUUAUUAAAAGCAAAUUGGCUAGAAAACUAGGUGCAGAUGAAUCUUUAUUUGCUCGACUUGAUAGUGAAAAUAAUACUGUUAACUUGACAAAACAAUAUAGAAUGAAUAAAAAUAUAAUGUUCUUAGCAAACAAAUUAACAUAUAAUGAUAUGUUAGAAGCAGGAAAUACAUCAAUAGAAAAUGCCACUUUUGUUUCACCACAUAAAAAUAUGAAUAUAUUAAUGAAAGAACAAAAAUGGAUACAAAAAGUAUUAUCAUCAAAUAUAAAUGAUUCUGUAAUUAUAAUAAACACAGGAUGUACCAGUAAAUUAAAAGUAAGCUGUGAUAUUAAUGCUAAAUAUUCAGAAAGUGAUCAAGUCAAUUCAAACAUUUGGGAAGCCAUUAUAGUAUUGAAAUUAGUGCAAACUCUUUUAAAGAUGCAAAUUGAACUUGAUGAAAUUGGUAUUAUUGCACCAUAUAGGGCUCAUGUUAAUUUAUUAAAAAAAAUAAUUAUUAAAGAUAUAGAAAUAAAUACUGUUGAUCAAUAUCAAGGGAGAGAUAAACAGAUUAUAAUUUAUUCUUGUGCAAAAAGUUUACUUAAUAAUAAAGACAUAGAAGAGGAUAUUGAAGUAUUAGGAGAUUGUCGAAGAUUAACAGUAGCAAUAACGAGAGCAAAAUGUAAAUUAAUUAUUAUUGCGGACAAAAGAACUUUAUCUCAGUUUUCAGCUUUUAAAAAAUUAUUUAAUCUAGUUGAAGAUAAAAAUAUAAUAAAUUUAAUGGAAUGUUUUGAUGAUUUUUCAUGGAAAGAACUUGUAUGUACUUUAUAAUGUAUUUACAUAUUUGCUUGUUGUACUUUUAUAUUUUUAUUGUUAUAUUGUACUAUCUAUUUAUAAUUCACUGUAAUAUUCUUAUUGAUGAAUGAAUUAUUUAGAAAAAUAAAAAUUUUUAUAAUUUCAUAAUAAAAUUUGGUAUAAAAAUAAAC